AUGCUUCAGGAAACAUCUCGAAGUGAGAGAGUGAUAAUGAUAGACAGGAGGCUGUCUCCAGUCUCCUCCCCACACUCGGCUGUUGCGAAGAGGGACCAAAACACGUCGCCCAUCGAUAAGGACGAGGUGGCCGACUGCGUAAUUCAAUCUGCCAUCGGCCAUCCGAUCAUUUUAUCACUUUUCAGGACGACCGAAGCAUACAGACCUCUUUCGGCGAUUGGUUCUUCGGAAAGCUUCUGAAAAAGAAGGACGAGUCGCAGCAGACGUCUCUUUGUGAGGAUUUGAAGAAGGACAAGAAGAACAAGAAGAAGGUAUCGAAGGAGGAGAACAGCCAGGCGUCUUCUUUGGGUUCUGAUAUGCUGACGAGUCCCUCCACAUCUGAAUCGCUGCCGAAAGAGACGCAGAGAAAGAGAAAGACGUUCAUCGCUCCGAACAUGUCCGCGAGUGUCUCCAUGAGCACCCAGUACUCGCCGCCUCCGGGAUGCGAUCGCCUGUCGAUAGAACCCAAUGGGAACAGGGCGAGAAGUUCGUCGACGAGCGGAAUGGGAACGAGCAUAUUCGAGGAGGAGACGCGGCAGGAGGUGAUUGUGCAGACGGACGACUCGUACUUGAAGAUUGCCAGAAGACUGGACGAGUACAGGAAUAACAAGACACAGUUCUUGCCAGUUUGUGCCGCCUCGCCGUUGUCCUCGAAGGAAGUCGAGCCUUUCAAGUAACCUCUCAUCGUGUGAACAUUCCCAAAACUGAGGCUUCAGAAACGAUCGGGCAUCGGAAAGAAGCCAUUAUUACUUCGGAGGCCGGCGGUCGAGUUUAGGCCGCGGUCGGAAGAAAUCGAGGCAGGAAAUGAGUCACAGAGAGUCUCAAACUGGCCAGUCCAUGGAUGCGGAACUGCUCAAAGAAGUUCUCGUAAGUUUUGGGCUCUUUUUUUUUUCGAAAUUUUGAUUUCAAUUUCAAUUUCAAUUCCGCACCUCUAGUUCUAAUAUUCGCACUGCUUUAGAAUGAAGAGGAAAGCCCGCCGAAAGGUGAGUGUCGGUAGAUCGGAACACAUCUCAGUUCGACUAAUUCUAUCACUAAGAACCUACUAAGCCAUCAUAUCCCAACUAGACUCAACUACCAUGCUAACUCUUGAGAGUUUCAUUCUUCAAAUAUCCAUAAAAACUAAUAACCGCAAAAAACACUUCAGAGCUCCGAAAAAAGUCGGUCAAUUUCGCCGAAACGACCAUGUAACAAACGGGGCGUUCUCGCGAGACAUCCCUCACUGCCAACUGGCAUUUCACGUGGCAAAGUAGGUCUUUCCGAGGUGUUGCCGAGUGCUGAAAACCAUUUUUUUAUUACAGGUCUCGGAUUACGUGACUCAGCACGAGAAAGGCAUUCACAAUCCGGCGACGAGUAGACAGAGUCCGAUUAAGAUAAUUCGACAAUAUUCGUUGGAUCAUGACACUUGA